CAGCAGCACCUUGGCGACGGUUGAGGGUCCCCUGGGUUGUUGGCCACCAAGCCUUGUAUGGCUUCCUUACUCCUUGCGUCUUUCAGUCGGAUCUGAGGGAUGAGCUGGGACCGACUCAGACUCUUUCUUCUUUGAGAAAUGGCCGUCGCUUUUUUUCUCAUUGUCAUUAUUAUUUAUGAUUUGGAUCUCGCAGCACUCUAUCCGGGUCCUCGGUAGCGCGCGAGGGUUGCCGGGAUAGCACUUUCUCGUGGCCUCCUUUCCUCCCUCCACUUUCUUCACCUCCCCUCGGGUACCCUUUUCCCCUGCCCCCCACUGCCGCUUCGGCAACAAAGCUCAUUGUUUCUCCCCAGUUUACGCCUGCGCGUCGCCACGCGCAGCCCAUACUUGCUGCGCGUGCGCGCUCCUCCCGUCGCCGGGGUUGGGGAAGAGAGGGGCGGAGGGACUGGCGGGCUGGCGAGCGUCCGAGGGGAGCUUUCUACAACCGUCCACUGGCCAGUACCUUUCGGAUCUGCUUUCUCCCGUUUCUUCACCUUUCCUUACUCCUUAUUGUUAGUUAUAUUGUUUCCCAUGCUCCUGAUAGAAGGGCUGGAAUCCGUGCUCCGGGAGUAUUGGAAACCAGAUGAACUUUAACGGCCCAUCUAAUCACAUUCCGGUCCUCCUUUUUAAUUUCUCUUCCACUAUAUGCUUACUCCCCACUGCCACUAAAAUUAUAUGGCUUGCGGUGAAGUUUGUUUUUUCAAAACAUUUGUUGAAGCAGCCGGCAGUGGUAUUUUCUGGUGACUCAAAAAGAGGCCUUUUCUGCUUCCUUUUGUUGUCUUGCACUCCCUGAUUUUGCAGCCCCAUCACCUCAUGGAAACCACAAACUCUAGAAAGAAUUUGGCUUUCAGUUUGCCGUGGGAAAAAGUCUAACAGCUGACAGCUUUUGACGUUACAACAGAAGACAAAUUCCCAUUUUCGUGCGCUGGCUAAUCUUGUAGUCUCGUGGCAUGGUUUUUCACAAAUUGCAGUUGAGCAGACACGGGAGAGAAAACCAACUGAGAUUCCUUAGUAGUUUGUUAAAAACGACAACUAACGCCAACCAUGAAAGAUCCAAGUCGCAGCAGUACUAGCCCAAGCAUCAUCAAUGAAGAUGUGAUUAUUAAUGGUCAUUCUCAUGAAGAUGACAAUCCAUUUGCAGAGUACAUGUGGAUGGAAAAUGAAGAGGAAUUCAACAGACAAAUAGAAGAGGAGUUAUGGGAAGAAGAAUUUAUUGAACGCUGUUUCCAAGAAAUGCUGGAAGAAGAAGAGGAACAUGAGUGGUUUAUUCCAGCUCGAGAUCUCCCACAAACUAUGGACCAAAUCCAAGACCAAUUUAAUGACCUUGUUAUCAGUGAUGGCUCUUCUCUGGAAGAUCUUGUGGUCAAGAGCAAUCUGAAUCCAAAUGCAAAGGAGUUUGUUCCUGGGGUGAAGUACUAAAAUAUUUGAGUAGACGGGGCCCUCUUUUGGUGGAUGUAGCACAAUUUCCACACUGUGAAGGCAGUAUUAGAAGACUUAAUUGUAAAAGCUCUCUCUUGUCACUGUGUUACACUUAUGCAUUGCCAAAGUUUUGUUAGUCUUGCAUGCUUAAUAAAAGUGCUGAGACUGUUAUUAAGUAAUAAGCUGUCAAACAUUUACUGAAAAUAGAAUUGGCCCCAUGGCUUGAUGUGAAGACAGCGAGGAAAGAAGCACCAGUCAAGAUGUAACAAAGCGCCAAAUUAAAAUGACCUCUAAAUCUUCGUGAAUUGCCUUUUUUGAGGCUAAACUGGUCCCUUAGCGUUAGCUAACCGUUGUUAAUGUCCAAACUUUUUUUUUUUUUUUAACGAGUAAAUUUAAGUUCAAGUUGUUAGGCAAAUUUCUCAGUUCAGACUUACUAAAUUUGCAUUUGUCACUAUCAAGAAGAAUUUCCGUUUUCUGAAGAAGGCCUUGUUAAUUAAUUUGAAACAAUUCAUUAUAGACAAGUAAGUCUUUGGUUACUGAGGUUAUAAGGUAAUGCUCAUGAUGAGAACUAGCCCUGACUUUUAUGGUAUGUUAUCACAUAAGAAAUGUGAAUCCUCCUAGUGUUAGAUCUGAGGAAGUAUUGCAUCUUCUCAGGUGUCACUGCAUCAUAGCCAUGCCUAUGUGAAGUGCAACAUUUGACCCACCAUAAUCCAAUUGAACAAAGAAAUUGUAACAUGAUUUGAGUGGUGCUUUUCCUUGCUUUGUUAACCAUCACUACAAUGGUCUGCAGCACAACUUUUCUUUUAACAAAGCUAGAACAGUUUUGGCUUCUUAAACUUCAUACUUGGGUAGGUUAAGCUGCCAUACGUGUUCAGUGUGAAUAGUGUUUAAGUUGAAAAUAUUGUAAAAAAAUUAUAUUUUUUCAAAAAUAUUUAAAAAAAUAAAUAAUAGUAGAACCGA